AUGCAUUUUAUCAUCAGUAACAAUAAACAGCAUGUCGAAAAAAAAAGAGCAUCUGCAAUUUAUCACAAAAAUGAAAUUAAAAAAAGGAAACAUAAAGAGGAAGAAGCAUAUAUUGCUGAAAAAAAAGAAAACCAAGGGUCUAUAUAUAUCAAUCUCGGAAAUGUAAAAAAUCAAGCAACUACUUUCAAUAGCAAACUAACAAAAAAAAAUAACCAUAAACGUAUGAAUUCGGUAAACAAAUCUAAAAUUGGAAGUAAAAAAAGAAAUAAAAAAAAUAUAUUACUUAAAAAUUCCAAAAAUUCAGUACCCCCAAAUAAUAAAGAAAUCAAAGGAAAUGAAAACGAUAAUAGUGAAAACAUAGAUUUGGUCAAUUUCAAUGAACAUAAUAAUGAAUUAUAUACGAUAAAACGCAACAGAAAUCGAAAAAAAUCAACCGAUUUAAUGGUUCAUAUAAAUAAUAUCCAUAGUAAUUCAUACGAGGAUAGUAGCAUUGAAGAUGAUAUCACAAUAACUGAUGUAAGCACGACCACAGAUUUUGGAUAUAAUAUGGAUAGACAAUUUUUAAACAUUUUUGAACACAUUAAUUGCACAAAGAAACCAUUUUUAUUCGAAAACUACGAAAUUAUUAAAAGUUUAGAUAUAUCUAAAAAUAUAGUAUCAUACGAAAUUUUUAAAAAGUAUAGUAACAAAAUUUUUAACGAUAUGCGUAAUAUUAGUGAUAUAACGAAUUGUCCUUAUCUUAGCUUUGAGAAAAAUAAUUUAAUACUUGAAAGAAAUCAAAAUGGACAAAAAAAGCUAUUUACAUAUUGUGAUGUAAACUCAUAUUUAAAAAAAAAAAUAAAAAACCGAAUAAAAAAAAACUGGUCUCGAAAGGUUCUAAUAUACUUUCCUUUUUAUAGAAAACGCAUAUUUGUAGAAGCUAUUUUGGAACAUUUUGAAAUUGGAAAAAAAGGAAAUCAAAAAAAUAAGGGGAAUGAAAGUGAAGAAAGUGAAAAUAAUGAGGAAGAAAACUGUAAAAAAGACGAAGACUUAAAAACACAAUGCUACAAUAUCAUCAAGCGAAUAAAAAAACAUAAGUGUUUCAGAAACACCACUCAGUGUAAAAAUAAAAAAAUUAGUGAAUCAUUAUUAACCAGUAACUAUUUUUGUGAAAAAUUAUUGGGUAAUAGAAAUUUCACAAAAAUAGAAUUGGACUACUAUGAAUUUGAAUUUCUUUCCAUUUUCUUUUUAACAUACUUUAGAUAUACUUUAUAUUUAGCAGGCUUUAUGAAUCCAUUUUUUCUCUACCAUUCCAAUGAAAUAUAUUUUCAUAUUUUUGUUCUCAACAGGUAUCAUUAUUUUAUUGAUAAAUUUUAUGAACAAUAUACCAAUAUGCCUUUUACUGAACAAGAAAAGACACAAAUUGUAAUUGCCUAUAAAAAAUCAAUUAUUUUAAUAUUAGAUUACCUAGAUGCAUUGUAUCCCCUUUUUAUACUAUUGUAUAAAGUCAUUAAACGAAUUAAACGAAAGGUUUCUAUGAUUUUGAAUAUAAAACAUGCAGAAUCUAUUGUUAGUAACAAAAUAGAAAUGGUUACCACUAAAAACAUAAGUCUAAAAAUAACUCCACUUUCGCAUCAAAACAAGCAAAAUAACGUAAACUCAAAUAUGGAUAACAAUUUUAUUGGUAUUUUUAACGAAAUAAAAAAGAUAAACAAAAAAAAAAGAAAAUUAUUCAAAAAUUAUUAUGACAAAUUUAUUUUGAUGAUAAUGAAUAGUUUGGACAGGUACUGGAUUGUUGAUUUUGGAGACAAUCAAGAAAUAAAAAAUACCAACACCAAAUGUAAUAGUAAUAGCUGUGAAAUAAACACAAAUGAUAUUAACAUGCAUAUAAAUAAAUGUAUUGAGCAAACUAUUUUGAACAUGAAAAAUAAUAUGUUCAUUAAAUAUAUAAUAUAUUCAAUAGUUUUAAAAUUAAUUAGUAUAAUGUCAAAAUUAGAAAAUUCAAAAUUUACAGAAGAAAUAAAAAUAUGUAAAAUUAAUAUUCUUCCAAUUUCUACAUUAUUAACCUUCAAAUCUUUUAAAAAUAUGAAAAAAAAAGAUAAAUGGAUUUUACUUUUAAAACAUAACUAUUUUUAUAUUGAAAAAAGCUUAUACUUCUUUAAAGAAUUACAUGAAAAAAAAAUCAUAUAUUAUCAAAUACAAAACAUGUUUAGAUAUAUUUUAACAUUUAAAAUCAACAUUGUCUAUAACACAUUUAUCCAGUAUUUUUACUGGAGUGACAUUCUCAAUAAAAAUACGAUAUACACCAUUUAUAAGUAUGCAUACUAUGUAGAAAAUUCUACAGUAAAAACAAGAAUCUCUGAUACACAUGCUCAUUUACAGAAUAAUCGAUUUCCUAAAUACUUUAUAAUUAUUCCUUUUUCAUAUAAAGGACUCAUAUAUAAACUAAAAUUUGAUAUAAAUUCCCAUGGAUUUGUUUACUCAUUAUACAACUGUUUAAAGUUUAUAUUUUUAGAAAAAUCCAACCUCGAAUUAAUCGAGAAAAAUUCUAAAAUUGAGAAUGAACUAAUGCCAUUAUUUAAUAAUGUUAUUAAUUCAUUAAGUUUUGAAAAAUAUAAAAAUAUACAAAACCCUAUAAAAAAUCUUAUAAUAAAUUGCUUUUUUCAUUUUGAAAAUAAUAUUUUAAAAAAUAUAUUAUACAAUACUAUAACUAAAAUAAACCGUAUGCGCUAUAGAGGCCAUUUACGCACACUUACAUCGUUUGCAUUAACAUAUCAAACAAAAUUAAACCAAGAAUUCUAUGAGCUAUUAGCGAAUGAAAAGGAUCAUCGGAUAGAAAAAAUUGAUAAAGCUUAUAUAUACAAAGAAAUUAAACAGCGAAUUGAAUUUGCGAACAAAAUGAAUACAACUACAAGGCCACAUGCUUAUGCAGUAUAG